AUGAAAAAAGGUAAAAGUUGCGCUACCAAAAAUCUUUACGAAAAAUUUUUGAAUCAUUUAUAUUCUAAAGGCAUACAAAACCAAUGUAAAUCAUAUGGGGAUAAUUUUACUUCCUAUGAUAAUUUUGAAAAAGGCAAAUAUUUAUAUGAAACAUCUAUAUGUCUGAACACUAUAGAACAUAAUGAAAAAAUAAGAGAAGACGAUCAGUUUUGUUAUGUAUUAAAAGAUAUUAUUAAAAAAUAUAAUGAAAAAAAUAUAACUGAAUUAUGUAAUUGUGAUAAACAAGAAAUGUCAUCAUCUAUGCAAUCUAAUAUUAAGGGUAAUAUUAUAAUUUCUAUUCUUGUUACAUUAGUAGUAUUACUGUUGUUAUUUAUUGUUCUUAAGUAUAACUCAUUUCUUACAAGAUUACCAUAUAAAUUAAAACGUAAAAUAAUGGGGUUCAAAAGUAAUGAUGAAGAAAUAAAUAUGUUACAUCAAUAUGAAGAAUUUAAUAGUAUAACAAUGAAUAAUGGAUAUAAUGUAGUGUAUAAUUAA